AUACCUCCUUUCAACACUGUAUCCACAUGCCUGGAGCAGCAGAGCAUUGAUGUGCUCCCUUGCUUCUCAACUCCCCGAGAUUGACUAAAUAGUUGCAUGCUUUAAUCUCAUUCCUGCUUUCAUCCUCUCACCUGCAAAGGGAACCUUGCUUUAUGAUUUCCAACCGGAUCAAACACUGACCUGUUUUAAAACAUGUUGGGCAUUCUGUUUUUUGCAACAUUGAUUCCAUCAAUAUCAACACAAGAGGCUGAUGAGACCAUAACAUAUACGCAAUGCACUGAUGGUUAUGAGUGGGACCCGAUAAGGCAGCAAUGUAAAGAUAUUGAUGAGUGUGGGAUAAUGCAAGAGCCUUGCAAGGGAGGAAUGAAAUGUGUUAACCAUUAUGGAGGAUACCUUUGCCUACCAAGAACUGCACAGAUUUUGUUAAAUAAUGGCCAAGAAGACACAGUCAUCACAGAGACUUCUGGAUCUCAGCAAAGCACUGGACAAAAUGUGCCUGUAGAAAGACCCAGUAUCCCUCAAGAUCCAGCUCGCAAUUUGCCCAGCACAGUUCAGUUAAUGCAGUGUGCGUCUGGCUAUGAACUAAAUGCACAAAACAUGUGUCAAGACAUAGAUGAAUGUCUAACUGGAACCCACAACUGCAGAUCAGAUCAAGUGUGCACUAAUAUCAGAGGAUCAUUCACUUGCCUGUGUCCCAGAGGAUACCAAAAACGAGGAGAGCAAUGUAUUGAUAUCGACGAAUGUUCAUUGUCUUCAUUUUGUCACCACCACUGUGUGAACACACUUGGUUCAUAUUAUUGCCAGUGUAACCAAGGCUUUCAGCUGGCUCCUAAUAAUUACAGCUGUGUAGAUGUUAAUGAAUGUAGCACCAGUAGCCCCUGCGCACAGGAAUGCUAUAAUAUGAUUGGCUCAUACGUUUGUCAAUGUAAUCCAGGCUAUGAACUGAGCAGAGACAGAGUCAAUUGUGAAGAUAUCGAUGAAUGCAGAACAUCUACCUAUUUGUGCCAAUAUCAAUGUGUUAAUGAGCCUGGAAGAUUCUCCUGUGUAUGCCCAGAAGGAUAUCAACUUGUUGGAACUCGAUCAUGUCAAGACAUAAAUGAAUGUGAAAGCAACACACAUGAUUGUAGGGAAGAUGCCAUGUGUUGGAAUUAUUAUGGCGGAUUCCGAUGUUACCCAGCAAACCCCUGUCAAGACCCUUAUGCCCGCAUGUCAGAUAACCGCUGUGUCUGUCAUGCUACAAAUCCUCUUUGUCGAGAUCAACCAUACAGUAUUGUCUAUAAAUACAUGAGCAUCAGAUCCAACCAAGCCGUACCUUCUGACAUCUUCCAAGUUCAGGCUACAUUAAUUUAUUCUAAUACAAUCAACACUUUCAGGAUUAAAUCUGGAAAUGAAAAUGGAGACUUCUUCUUACGGCAUACCAGUGGAGUGAGUGCAAUGCUUGUCCUGAUCAGGCCACUAACUGGACCAAGAGAAUACAUUGUUGACCUGGAAAUGGUGACUGUAAACAGUUUGAUGAACUACCGGUCAAGCUCAAUUUUACGACUUACUAUAAUAGUUGGCCCAUACCCAUUCUAGUGACUUCACAAUGACACUGGGAGCAAAAACAUAUUCCACAUUACCUUUUAUUUAUAGAAGUGUCUUCUUUUAAUCACGUUGUACACAUAGACCACUCACAUUUUUUUGUAAUUACAUUUCAAAUGCAGUGUUCUUUUUUUGUCAAAUUGUAGUCAUGGUAUACAGUGGUGGAGCAAGCCAUUUUAUGGUCUGAACCAAAAGGUAUCACCAACUCCAGGUGAAUCAAAGAAGACCUGUGAGCUCUCCUGACAUGUGACAUGUCUGUUUUAUUAAAGGGGUUGUCCUAAGACAAAUAGUCUACAUUUUUCAAACCAGCACCAGAUAUGAAUACUUUUAUAAUCAUGUGUCAUUAAAAAUUUAGUAUAGCCAGCGAGUUAAUCAAUUAAAAAUGUAGAUGUAAGGCUCCACCUGCUGUUUGUUCUUUUCUUCUUUUUCUCUGUCGACCUCAGUAAUAACUCUGAGGUGGUCGCACAUGCUCACUUCAUCCUUCAGCUGUCACUAGCUGCAUCUAAUGUCAGAAACUGUGAAAGUUACAAGGGGACAGCUGCAGCAGAACUGACACACCACCUAAAAAAGAUGCGCUGCCUGCCUAAAAUUAAUCUCACAGAGCAAUUGGAGCAAUAAAUUGGAGAUCGUCCAUGUGAGUUACAUGGCUGGUUCUAGCUUUGUUAGAAAGAGACUGUCAUGUCAUAUACUGUAUGAUGUCUGUUCUGAUGUUGCAUUAAUUAUGGGAUAACCUCUUUAAAUAUCUGGAAUAUAUUUCCUAUUCUAUGUCAAAACUGAGGCAUCUUGUCUUUUAUAAAUCUAUAUAUUGUGCCAUUCCACUGUUAUUCCUCCUGAAAAUAUAUAAAUAAAUUGACAACUGGGUGCAAACAUUCCUUUGUCAACAGGGUGUGUCUCUGUAGUUAAGCCAGUACUCUCUGCUCUGCACUGAUGAGGGGCAAUCACCCCAAAACAGCUGUCUGCAGAUGAGAUGCUGGCUUAUUUAAUAUCUGAGUCAUGUAUCAAGGCCUAUUUAAAGGGUGGACCAUUGACUUAUAGGAUAGGUGUCUUACAUCUGGUGGCAUUAGAGGCAGAGCUUGUUAAGAUUUUAUUUGUAUACCAGAGGAGCAUGUAUGGCCAUUAAUCUACUCAUGCCGACUAAGGUGCUCUCUCCCCAAGGAGAGACAGUACCCACCAAAUGCUGACUUGGCCCUCACCCAGUUAAGCCAGUACCUUAUGCUCUGCGCUGAUGAGGGGCAAUGUCUCAAGGUGUAUUUAAAGGGUUGAACAUUGACUUAUAGGAUAGCUGCCUUAUAUCUGGUGGCAUUAGAGGCAGAGCUUGUUAAGAGCUUUCCGAGCAUCCCUUUCUUCCCAGAAUUCCAGAGGAGCAUGUAUGGCCUUCUCUUCCCAAGGAGAGAUAGUACCCCUAAAAUCUACAGAGUCUGUCAUGUCCACAGUGCUAUAGAUAUACACCUCAAUGACAGGUUUAGGGCCAUGUUCACAUAUUCAGGGUUAUGUGGUUUAAUAAAAAGUGACAUGUCAUGCCUUGGCAUGAAAUCCUAGUAGAAACCACAGCCACAUGCAGAUCUGUGGUAAGCUGCCAAUUCUAAAAACAGAUUUCUACUGCGUAUCCCACUGCAAAUAUACAUCACAUUUUUCCAAUGUGUGUUUAAAUCAUGUGAUCAUACCCUAAGGAGUGAGGGCACAGAAUCCACGCCUAAAUCCGGAAAGUCCACUGACAUUCCACUGGUAUUCUUUAUCUCUUUCCUGUGCUCCCCGUGCAAUAUUAAAUGCAUUAUGGACUUAAAAAUUCACAGUGUGUUCGUUAUCGCCACCAAUUCUUCAUGAAAAAGCCACAGAUUAGCUCAAUUGAAUUAAAAGGCCACUAAUCCAUGAGUAAAUGCAGUGAAAAUCCACUGCACAAGUAAGUGUGAGCUUCAGAUUUCUGCCAUUGAUUUUCUGAAAGGUUCACUGAGGACCUGCAACUCCAUGCCAUGUAAAUGGUCUAAUGGUAACAUCCAGUUGUCAGUAUAGUCAUACAUAUCCAGGAGGACUAAAAGAGGAAAAACACAACACAUAGAUUUAAUAAAAGGAGCUCCAGAAAGGGUAAUGCAAAUAUUUACUACAAUAGUCAUUUCUAGAGAUCUAAGAGCCUCUAAUAAACUGGUUUCUUAGAGUUCAGUUUACUCCAAUAAAAUGGUUACUCCACAGUGAGUGAUGAUACCUUCUAUAAUCCACAUACGUAAGGAUUUUUAAGUACUUAAACAAUUAUAUUUUGUUCAUACCAUGUAAAAAUAUUUCUAGUAAAUGUAUGUUAAAUUUAUUUUUAUUUUCGAAUUGUGUUAAAGUCUGCAUAGCCUUCAACCACACAGUCGAGUCACAUUAUUAUGACCACUUUCUACUUUCAACAUCAACAGCUGUAGCUCAUGAAGGAAGUCAAGUGUGGUGAGCUGGCUUAGUGGGUCUAUAAGAUGCGUGAUAGGCUGUCUACACACAUAUCCCUCGUUGUUGUCCUGGGUAAAAGGAACAAUUUAUCAGAGUUCCAAAAAGGGUUGAUUAUUGGUUUCCGGCCAAGGGUGGCUGCACAGUUUGUUAUCUGUUCAUGUGCUGCUAUCAUGAAAGUGUAUUGUGAAUGAACAAAUGGCACCAUUAUGAAUAAGCAACGUGGGGAGCACCACGUGCCCUUGAUGUGAAAGGUGAAUGUCGGCUAAGAAGGUGCGCGAGGGUGGACCUACACACUAUAGUGGGGCAGCUCACCGCCAAAAUGAACCAGGGGGCUACCAGACGUGUGUCUAAAAAAAAUAGUUUAAAGAACCUUACUGAGUAUGAGGUUCCAAAGCAGACGGAUGGUCUCUGCUAACGGAGUUGCAUCAGCAGAAAAGGCUUCAAUUUUCACUGCAGUAUCGGAAUCCGACCUCCUUCUCAUUCUCUCCGAAGAAUGACAUUUUCUGUUUCAUGGAAUGGGUAGACGUUGGCAUGUCAGACAAGAAGCAUCAGAGAUAAAAAAACAUCCAUAUGGAAAUCACACUCAAACUAUCUGGGUAUGAAUCCAUCCUUGCAGAUCAUGUACACUCUUCCCUGAGGCGGAUGGGAUCUUCCAGCAAUACAAUGCCACAUGUCAAAUGGCUAGAAAUCUCCAACAUUGGUUGGGAAAGCAUGACCAAGACUUCCAAGUACAACCCUGGCCCCCUAAUUCCCCAGGCUUCAACCCAAUUAAGGAUCUGUGUGAACACCUUGAUCGUUGUGUUUGCUCUAUGGACCUUUACGUCUUCCAGCAGCUGUGGGAUAUACUGCAGUCAGCAUGGCUCCAGAUACCUGUGACAAUCUACCAGGACCUUAUUGAGUCAGUCUCAGCCCAUCUAGCUGCGGUCUGUGCUGCACAUGGAGGUUACUCUUGAUAUUAGCUGGUGGUUAUAAAAAUGUGACUCAAAUGUGUAUAAUAACUUUCUGUAUAUUGUUACCCCCACUAUAGAAAAGUUUUGAGUAGUAACAUGCCUUUUCUUACUGUAGACUAUAGAAUUAUAUUAAAUUUACCUUUAAAUGUGUUAGAUCAUGAAGAAGCAAGAUUUUUUGUAUUGUUAUUAUCUCAUUUUAUUUCAACCUAAAAUGAAUUUAAAAUACAGUAUUAGGAAGCUAUUAAUAAACAUUCCCAUGCUAAUUUUUUCUCAAAAAUGUAUCCAACCCUGGGAGCCUCAAUGUUCAUCAGAACCAAGUGGUAGAAUUGUAUCCAUGAAUAUGGCUGUGCCUGGAACUACAGGUUAGCCCCAUUCAAGUAAAUGGAGCCGAGUUCAGGCUUAUCUAUUGUACUAGACACAGGUUCAUGUAUAUAAGCACUGCGACCCUUCUGUCCCAACAAACAGAACCUCACCCACCACAUACACAGUAGAUGGCUUAUCAAAAUUAUGUCAUCAAUGUAAACGUCUUUAAUGUUUCAUUUAGACAAAAAAAAUUCUAACUUUUUCAACUUGGUGGUGGUGAAUCUUUCAUUAAAGAGGACCUGUAACCUCUCCUGACAUGUCCGUUUUAGCAACUAAUUGCAUCCUCUUGUACUAACAAUUCUGGAGCAUCGAGUCACCAAAAACACAGGACUGGACGAGUUAUUCAGCCCUGUCACUCAAUGGGUACAGAGAGCACAGUGUUAGUUUUGUGGCCAAAUACCUCAUUUUCAUAAAUAUGAGAGUUAAUAUAUUAACCCUUAUUAAACCUAGAGUGAAAAUAUGUACGGCAUGUACAACUGCAAAUCUGCAACAGAGCCUUGGCUUUUUGCCAAGAAUUCUUCCCCAAGUUUUUGGAUGUAAAAAUUCUCCACUGUGCACAUACCCUAAUAGACUUUAUAUUAACAUAGUGGGUAGGGUUAAUAAUAAUUAUAUCCAUAAGUAUAGCUGCAAACACACCAUAAACAUACACUCUAUAAAUAUGGUGGAAAAGAGAUUUAUACAAUGGUACAGCACAGCCUAGUACUACAAAAUCUAUUGCAAAACUUUUUUAAUGCCAAAUAUUGAAUGUUUUAUUCAUCUGUCCAAUACACGUGAAUAAAAGUACUUGUAUUAUAUCACUUGGGAUUUUUAUGAUUUCAUAUUAUUUCAUUAUCUUGUAGCUAUGUAUUAACAGGGCAUCCAUACUUCUUUAGUUCUUUUGCUUCAUGUACAAUGUUUUAAAUUAAAAUAAAUGUUAACUAAAAAGAUCCUUA